AUGUCUUCUUAUGACUCGAUUUUGCACUUCGGAAACAAAAUGAAAGUCAAAUCACAAUCAGAAGAGUCGUCCGACCGUUGGAUCUGGACUUACAAUGAGACCACUCAUGGGUUCAGCGAUAAGCCAGAGAAAGAGUUCACUGCUACAAUUUGGACCACUUUUUAUAUAUCAGUGGUUCCCGAAUGUAAUAUAUCUGAAGAGUCCUGUCAUCUCAUGUCGAAAGCAAAGGAUCUGUUUUUUGUCAGAUAUUUCACUGAGUCUUCGGGCAGAAGGUUUACAAAAGUGUUUCGAGAGCCCGGUUCCCAAGGAGUUCUACCGGACAGGUAUCCAUGGAAUCUGACUGAGAAAACCAUUGAUGAUAUCUGGCCUAAAGAGUGGGACAUUUCAAAGACAAGUGUCAGUGUCUACUGGCCCGACAAAUAUGAAGUGCUUUACAUCAUCAACAGAGGGACCGUUGAGUCGGCGACACUCUUGUGGUCCCAAAUAUCUGACAUUAAUUGGUAUCUAAAUAUGAGUUCACAGGAAUUGGGAUCAGAUGUCCGCUUCUACGGUAUGUUUCACGACAGGGGAGAGGUAUACGCCAUUGGAGACAAACCACGGGUUGGCGACUACGAGACAAACGUAUAUGUCUUAAAAGUUAGCAAGGAUAAGCGAGAGUUUGUGAGUACAAAUAUGGAUUUGAAACAAUAUUUUCGUUGUUCAUCAUUAAUACCCACAAACCCCGAGACCACUACGAUGUCACCCUCACCCACGACCACUACAAUGACUAAAGUCACAGACAAAGUCAAAGCAAAUACAAGUGUCAUUAUCUACUUGUACCUCAAAAAUAAAGGACGAGUGUCUAGCACUAACACCAAAACGACCAUGGUCAUGAAGCGACAUGACCCAGGUGGCCGUAAACCAAAGUGGUAUAAGCCGUGGCGAUAUAUCCCACGUCUUAGGCGUAAGACUCCUAAGACUCCGCAAUUCCAGUCCCCAAUCACUGACUACACCCCGACUCAAAUACCCACUGAUAUGCCGCCAAACGUACCCCUCCCUGACCGGGAUGUCUACAAAUACACCCCCGACCUAAUGAGUCAAUACUACUGCGAUCCCCGGUAUGCGUUCGGAGAGGAAGGUUCCCUCAACUACCACAUACAGGUGCUCAGAGACAAUAGAUUCAAACUGUACUCGUGUAUCAUCAAAGUGGAGGACGAUCUCUUCGACAACCAGAGCUGGAACGUCGAGAGCACCGGCGCUGAACCGGAACGGUAUGCCAUGAAAGUGGCCUCAUUUGUGUACUACGAGUUGGGACAGGAGUUGGAGACCAGGCGCACAGUCUAUGAGACGGUGUGUGCGCUCUAUAAGGAGUGCCGAACCCUAAUGUUCCUCAACCACGAGAACAUCAUACGAGUGGUCAAAGUGUUUGGUCUCCCGGACCCCGACACUCGCGUAGACUUCCUGUUCCACUGCAUGGUUAUGGAGAAGUUGGAUGAGUCCCUACAGGAGCUGCAGAGGUCGAUGCCCGGCCACCGCAUACCCGACGAUAUGUCUCGCGAGUGGUUCCAACAGAUCGCUGUUGUUGUCGAUUAUCUCCACAACGGUCUCCACAACAAGAAUGUAUGGAUCAGUCACCUGGCGAUCAAACCCGAGAACAUUAUGUGUCGGCGCCGGAACCCCAGGACUGAGAGCCGCGUCUAUAAGCUGAUAGACUUCGAGGAGUCCAUGUGUUUCAAUGCGGGUGAUAAGGACAGCCUACCGGACGGCCAUUUGGGUAAUUUCAACAACUGGUCGGCAAUGGAGUUGAAACACAAGGCUGUGAACUACCCGACCAAAGCCAUGGAUGUGUUCAGUCUGGGCCUGUCGUUGGCCACCACUAUGUUGGCCCGACACCAGCCCCGGUACUUUGGUUUCCUCGCCUCAUAUAACCCUAAGAUUAAGGCUACGAAACUGUCAAUAAUCUCACCCCUGAAGAGCAGACCAUUUUCCUGGCCAUCAGUGUUGAGGCGAGUGUUAUAUUUGCGGAAACCCUACAGAACUCACAUCUUAGGCCAACCAUCGCACAGGUAUUAUCGUAGAGAUGAUAGUAAAAUCAGAAAACACUGGGAGGAUCGGAACAUAAAUGCGGCAAAAGUGCCUUGGUCACAGGUGUUUAGUUUAUUAUGGAGGAAAGAACAGCCCGAGGUAUUAAUGCUGGAAAAUGUCCACAAAUACGGCAAAAUAUAUGGCAUUAAAUCGCUUGGAAAGACUAGCGUAGUCUGUGCUAAACCCGAUAUCAUAAGCUUAGUGCUCAGCAAAGAAUUCACUAGUUUUACAAAUAGGACGAAGGUAAAGCUAGACAGCGAUCCCAUAAUGGGUAAUGUGAUUCAGUUGGCUGUGGACGACCAGUGGAAACGGUUGCGAGCGAUAGUAUCGCCCACUUUCUCGACCGGAAAGUUACGCAAAAUGCGGUCAUUGAUUGACGACUGUUUGCAUACAUUGACCAACAAUUUAGACCGACUUUCAAGCGAUAAGUCAAACACUGAACGCGUAGUCGAUAUGAAACGGGUGUUCAGUGCCUACACUAUGGAAGUCAUAAUACAAGUGGCUUUCGGCACAAAAGUGGACGCACUUAUCGAUGAAAGUCAUCCCAUUAUAGUGAACGCCAAGAAACUACUGUCCAGAGACUUCCGGUUAUGGGAGUUGCCGAAGAUUUUGGUUGUAAUGCUGUUACCAAAAGUUGCCAAACUAUUUGGUCUGACUUUAUUGGCCCAGAAUGUGACGGAUUAUUUCACAGACAUCUGUACUAAAAUCAUAGCUGAGCGCAGGGCUAGUAAGGGAUCCGGGAAUAAGAGAUACGACUUUUUGCAGCUAUUAUUGGAUGCAAACGACAAGAAUAAUGAGACCGAAGAUAAUAAUGAUUUGAUAUCUGAAACAAAUGGCCAAAAGUCUGAAUUAGAUACCGAUGCCCGCCCUAUACAGACACACAAUAAAAGUAUGUCCGACGCGGAAAUGAUAGCCCAAUGCGUUGUGUUUUUUAUGGCCGGGUAUGAGACCACAGCCACAACCAUAUCAUACGCGGCAUACCUAUUGGCAAAACACCCGGAAUCACAGGAAAGGCUGUUUGAAGAAUCAAAAAGGAUUUUCGAGUCAAAAUCGAACAUCGAUUACGACGCUAUCGAGAGGUUCGAGUACCUGAACGGUGUAGUGAUGGAGACCUUACGCCUAUACCCACCGGCACUGGUACUGACGAGGGAGGCGUCGGCAGAUACAGUACUGGCCGGGGAUGAAGAGACUAUCAAACUAUUCAAAGGAGACAUAUUUCAAGUACCCAUUUAUGUGCUACAUAUGGACCGCCAGUAUUUCGACGAUCCCUAUGCCUUCAAACCGCAAAGAUUUUUGCCAUCAAAUAUAGCACACCAUCCCUACGCGCACCUACCCUUCGGUGCCGGCCCUCGCAAUUGUGUGGCUAAACGACUGGCCCUAAUGGAGGCAAAGUUGGCUCUACUAUACUCUGUCUAUAACUUUAAGUUUGAAAUCUGCGGUAAAACUGCUCAACCACCGGAAAGGUAUUAUAAUUUAGGAGUAAUCGUACCGAAAGAGGUGUUGUUGAGGGUUGUCAAGAGAGUUCAUUGAAAUGGAUACCACUUUGGACUCAACUUAUAUUAUAAUCAUUAAUUUGUAACAUUUAUCCAUAAAUCAUAUAUUGAUUAUCAAUAAAACACACUUUUCAGAAAUAUGUUUGACACCGUGUAUAUAAUAUUUUUAAAAUAUUCUAAUCUAAAGAUUAUUUUUGUCCAAAUUAUGACACAAUGUCUAAUGAAUUAUAUUUAUUUCAAAUUAAUUUCGUUACAAUUUUCUAAUAAAUCAUACAAAAGAAAUAUUACA